CUUGGAAUCCCCCAGACACGGUGAAGAAAAGGAUCAGUACCUGUUGAUACAAAAUUAGAGUGAAACAUAGAUAUUUUUGAGAUUAUUUGUAACGAUAAAAAGUAUAGCUUUUAUCCUUCGGUCAAAAGAAAGCUGCUUUUACAACUAAGACAUAGUAAACAAACGUGGCUGAACGAAUCGUUGGUUUCGUAACAUAAUUUUGAUGGACGAAAGCAACCUACAAAGAGUUUUGGAAGCAUUGAAUGUUGUUCACGCUGCUGAAUCUAGUCGAGAAACUCGAUAUGAUGCCCAAGCGCUCUUAGAUAAUCUGAAAGAGUCUUUCGAUAAUAGCUCUUCAGCAUUUCAGUUACUAAAUUUGAAUGAUGAAGUUUUAAAAGCUAGAGGAUUUAAAAUCGAUAUUCAUGUUGUUAGGCAUUUUGCGUUAAGUCUUUUUGAAGCAAGCAUUCAUGGAAACUGGAAAAAUUAUGAUGAUCAAACGAAACUUUCUCUAAUCUCUUUCCUCUGUACCUUCUCUUUGCAAAAUCUGGAUGCGCUCUCUGUUUACUAUGUUCGGAGCAAAUUAGCUUCUGUCUUUAUAGAAAUUGUAAAGCGAGAUUGGUACAGCCAUAUUUGGAGAGAGCAGUUUGAUUUAUUUCUGCAGUCGCUUUGGAACAUGAAUGUGGAGCAUCGUCAACUGUCCUCUUUUAUUUUACGCGGUAUCAUGGAGGACUUAUAUCAGUACGAUGAUCCUGUCGCUUCCCUUCGCUCUCACAUUUUGUUUAAUGCCUUAAUCAGUAUUUUGUCCUCAUCUCAGUCUCUUCACAAACUGUACCCAUCAGGUCUUCCUUAUUCCGUAUCUAUACCCGAGAAUAACGAAGGAUGGCUUAACCGUUGGUCAGCAAUGCUCGAAAGCGAAUCAGAUGCACUAGAAAGUCUGAAAUGCUUCAAGAGCUGUCUUUCUUGGGUAGCUACGGAUUCAAUCAUUGAAGCUAAUAUCGUGGCACGUAUUUGCAACAUAUUAGUGAAUGGACCAAUUCAAUUGAAAACUCAUGCGAUCGACUGCAUAUACAUUUGCGUCACCAGAAGCAUGGAAAUAGACGACCCCCUUUGGGCUACUGUCGAAGAAAUGCUAUCAUCUGAAGGCCUUUAUACACUUCAUCAAGUGUAUUCAAACAUUUCCCAGUCAAUAAAAAUUGAUGAUUUAUCUUCUUCUUCUGGUGAUUACAUUUUACUAAAAAAACUUGCGGAAACUAUUGUUGCUCUUGGACAGUACAAUUAUUUGGAUUCCAGUCGAAGAAAAGCUAUCAACAUAAACUGCCUAGAUACUUAUUCCGCCUUGAUCCUUGAAAUUAUGAAGCAUCCUAGUUUAUUAAUUAGUGCCAUUUCUCAACACUUUUGGGUUUUAGCUUUGCGGGAUCCCUUGAUAUCUAAACACGAAAAAUUUCAGGGAGUUUACCCUCAACUACUCAACGUUGCAUCAGAACGAUUGCUUCGUUUUGAAGAUGCCGUAGUUGACAUGAUUCCCGAUUCUUCUAUAGCUGUUUUUCUCGCUGAAGAUGUUGAAGGAGUUGCUGCUGUCCACUCUUUCUGUGGAAACUAUCGAAGAUUUAUGUUUGAUAUCGUUCGUCUUACCGUUUCUAUAAAGCCCUUGGAAUCUUUGAGUUGGGUGCAAAAUAAUUUUCAAAAUAUCUUGGUAAAUAAUAUUGGCCAGAUUCAAUCGCAAUCAUCUUUUUCAUCAAAAACGACUCCUGUUUAUUUGAUUAUGGACAUGGGAUUUUCGACGAUAGAAGCAUCGCUUCAUGGAAUCACCCGUUGGAAUGAAAAUGUGACCGAUAAUGCAACCUAUGAACUUAUUUUACAAAGCUUGUUUUUGUGGUGCAAACAAUUAGUUGAAGUUGAAUUUAAGGAUCCUAUGCUUAUAACACGACUUAUCAGUGUCUUGGUUUUAUUCACAUCAAUACUAGCUCGUGAAAAUACUACACUGCUUGGAGUUGUUUUGGAGAAAAUUAUUUCCGCGGUUACUUACAAUAACUCGCCAUCCUUAUAUGCUUUUUCUGAUCUUCAGAAAGUCAACGAAAUGCGGAGCAGAUGCUGUUUUGAGUUAGUCAGACUUGGAGAAUUAAUGCCGAACCCUUUGAUGAAUAUUUUUGAUCAGCUACAGAGCACUAUUGACCAGCUUGGCACGUAUACUACUCUCAGUGGUUCAGAGAUUGUGAUGUUGAAAACAUUUUUGUUUGUGAUUUCUCAAUUUUCCGAUAUCAAUCAUACUCUUAAGAAUGAAUAUUUCGAAAAGCUGGUCGGUCCUGUUGUUUCCACCUGGCUCGAUGCUCAACCUCCAGUCAAUUCCCCCAUGGAAUUCUUAAAUCACGUAAAGCUGCCCCAGAUGGCUGAUUAUCUGUUUGCAAAGUAUCCCUAUAAUGCCGACUAUACAAAAUAUGAAUUGGAUACUGAUGCGUGCUCUUUUCAAACUGACUUAGAAGACAAUCGAAAAUGGCUGUGGCCUAUAAAAUGUUUAGGUCGAUUCUGUGAAGCUACUUACAGUAAUAGACGGAUACAUCCAUCAGAAUUUGAUGAACACAAGACUUUAUGGUCGGUGAUUUUACCAAACAUUGUUCCUGGACUACUGAAAUUAAUUGAGCAAUUACAUUGUUGUUACGAUCCCUCUUUCAUCUCCUCUUUAGGUACACAUAAUUCCGCAAUUCUUCAAAAGAGUAUCGUUGAACGCUUCUGGCUUCACGGUGUUAGCCAAAUUUCGAAAAAUCAAUUUUUGGAAGAAUCAUACAAAAUGGAUGUCUCUGCUAACAAGUUGAUUCAUUCGUUUGGACACUUUUUGCGCCGAUUGAGAGAGUACUGUUACGGAGCAAUUGCUUCCUUUAUGAGACUUGGUGAACCAUUUUUUGCAAUUCCUGCUUUGUCAACCUCCUUCCUUACCUCAUUUUUUAAUCAUGCUUCUGGCUUGAGUCUUCACCAAUGGACAUCCGUUGUCAACGUGAUUAUAAAACCGUACUGUUUACAUUGUCCUCCUGCACUCCGUGAUGAAUGUUUAUUACCACUUCUUCCUGCCCUACUUUCUGAAUUGGAUCGAAAGUUAGUGAAAGAAUGGCGAAGCAUAACUGAGAGAGGCCUCCUUGUUGAAGAGGAUACUGAGGAAGCCGACGACCUUUCAGAAGAAAUGAUUGAAGAAUCUUUGCUUCGCCAUCUUACUUAUGCUACAUCAAAAUUAAUUACAGAAACGUUUUUACAAAUUACUCCUACACAAUCCCGUUCCACGAUUUCCUCGGACUUUGUUGAAAAAGAAUCAUCGGCCAAUGGUUCUUCCAAACUAUCUGAUUAUGUUUUAGACAAUGCGAUUAUCUGUGAACCACUUUUAAGCACACUUUGCCAUUUGCUAGCUGUUCAUGAUUCAAGGACUGUAACAAUUGUCGUGAACGCAUUUAUAGCUAUUACACCUUUACUGGUUUCUGAGCGUACGCAUUCAAUAGUGCGAGAGUUUGUAUGUCAACAAGUGUUCCAAACUGUCAUAAUGGCCAUUAAUGAUUCUUACUUUGAGCAAAUGCAAUCUGAUUUUGCCCGGUUGGCUUGCAUAAUCCUUUCUUACUCUCAGGGAAUCACGGACUCCUCCUUUAGAGUAUUAGCAAGUAUUCCAGCUUUGGCAACACAAGAAAAUUUGCUAAGUACAUUUGCGAAUAGAUUUCGAGAGGCCUCAACACUUAAAAUUCAAAAGGCAUUACUCAUGAGAUUAUUUAAUUCCGGGAGAAUUGUUCCGAGAACCGAUAGAAGAGCUUUAAAUUCGGCUGUACUUGAUGUAAGUGCUAAAGAAAUGUUGAAGCGGUUUGAAAAAAGUGUCAGUCUACAGGAUGAUACAAAUAAGGGUGAUAUUCUAUCGAAAGAUGAGGAUACUGGGUUGGCUAAUCUCUUUGGUUAAUAAUGGAAAAGGAAAAUAACUUGCUUUAAACAAGACAUAAGUACGAAAAUUUAUUUGUACAUUGUUUAAGCAAUUAGAUAUGAUGAAACACCAAAGCUUCUUUGGUAGUGAUCUAAUGUGAUAUGAUGCGAUGGAUAAAAUUUCUGCUUUUAUAUUCAUCCAUUUUGUUUAUUUUUAGUUGCUAUACGUAUGAAAGUACUAGUAACGAAUAAAUGCUACGAUAAUUCAAUGCUACUCAAGAUGCCAUACUAUUUGUUUGAAUAACAAUCUAAAACAAAUUGUUAAUGAUUAGCACAAGUGUAAGUAAGUACUACUUAUAUAUAACGAUCUUCAAAUGAAAGUUCCAAAUACUCCUAUCCGUACAAUGUUUUCAAUGAUUAGUUGUCACUAGAAUAAUAAAAUAAUGAAUAAUAACGCACCUAAAAUUACCAUUAUGUGAAAGAAUUAGCUCUUUCUUUUUCCAACUACAUAAAGUAAGAAAUAUCUCGGCGAUCUUUCAUAUCAGUGUUUACCCUAAAGGCCGGUUCGACGUGGC